AACAAAAAUUGAAAAUUUCAUGAUUGUCAUUGUCAACGUCAAAUGUAUUUUUCUCUGGAACGAAAUUAGAGACAGUGAAACAAAUCUAGCAAAAUGCAACCGCAAAUACUUUUACUGAGGGAGGGAACGGACCAGACGCAGGGCAAGCCUCAGCUCGUCUCCAACAUCAAUGCCUGUCAACUUGUCGUCGAUGCGGUCAGAACCACCCUGGGUCCCCGUGGUAUGGACAAGCUGAUUGUAGAUCACAAUGGAAAGGCGGUUAUAUCAAACGAUGGUGCAACGAUCAUGAAGCUACUGGAUAUCAUUCACCCUGCCGCUAAGACUCUUGUGGAUAUUGCAAAGUCUCAAGAUGCCGAGGUUGGCGAUGGAACCACCUCGGUAGUGAUAUUGGCCGGUGAAAUUCUGAAGAGGUUGAAGCCGUUUGUUGAAGAAGGUGUUCACCCUCGUGUUCUGAUCAGAGCAGUCAGAACAGCGUCAAGACUGGCCAUUGAGAAAAUCAAGGAGCAAGCUGUGAAAAUUGAUAAUAAGUCGCCUGAGGAACAAAGAGAUCUCCUAUUGAAGUGUGCAUCAACAGCGAUGUCAUCGAAACUGAUUCAUCAACAGAAGGAUCACUUCUCUAAGAUUGUUGUUGAUGCUGUCCUGUCUUUGGACACUCCACUUCUGCCUCUCGACAUGAUUGGAAUCAAGAAGGUCCCCGGUGGAGCUCUUGAAGACUCGUUCCUGGUACCCGGUGUGGCUUUCAAGAAAACUUUCAGUUACGCUGGCUUUGAGAUGCAGCCAAAGACAUACAAAGACUGCAAGAUCGCACUCCUCAAUAUUGAGCUGGAAUUGAAAGCUGAAAGAGACAACGCUGAGGUCCGGGUAAACAACGUGAGGGAAUAUCAGAAGGUUGUGGAUGCUGAGUGGCAGAUCUUAUACGAGAAGCUCGCCGCUUUGCAUGCUAGCGGAGCAAAUGUGGUCCUCAGCAAGCUGCCCAUCGGAGAUGUUGCCACACAAUACUUUGCGGACCGAGAUAUGUUCUGCGCUGGCCGAGUGCCCGAGGAAGACAUGCGGCGUACGGCGCGCGCCUGCGGGGGAGCCGUGCUCGCCUCAACGAGGGACCUCACGCCUCAAGUUCUAGGUCACACGGCGCUCUUCACGGAGAAACAGCUUGGAGCUGACAGAUACAACUUCUUUACUGGUUGUCCGGGUGCCAAGACAUGUACAUUGAUCCUGCGAGGUGGCGCGGAACAGUUCUUGGAGGAGACGGAGCGUUCUCUGCACGAUGCCAUCAUGAUAGUCCGGAGAACGAUCAAGAAUGAUGCUGUAGUGGCUGGCGGAGGUGCAGUGGACAUGCAAAUCUCUGCCCAUCUCCGGUCUCACUCUCUACAACUGGCUGGCAAGGAGCAGUUGGCUGUGGCGGCAGUGGCCCGAGCCUUUGAGGCCAUCCCUCGUCAGCUGGCAGACAAUGCAGGCCUGGACGGGACCGGACUCCUCAAUAAACUGAGACAGAAGCACGCCGCUGGGGAGCACACGCACGGUGUGGACGUUAUCAGUGGAGAGGUGGUGGAUAACUUUGCGAAGUGCGUGUGGGAGCCGGCCCUCGUCAAGCUUAACGCCGUGAGUGCCGCCUGCGAGGCCACCGCUCAGAUUCUAUCAGUGGAUGAGACCAUCAAGAAUGUCAAGGGCGGUGAAGAGGCGCAGAUGCCUGGUCGCGGCAUGGGCCGCCCUCGUAUGGGAUAGGACUCGACAAUGGCUAAUAACACUGCUAAUAACAGACUAUGAUCACUUAAAGUCGCUCGCGUCUGCACUGUCUCGCUUUUAGUAUUAUUCAUACUCCUAAUGUAAUAAUAAUAAUUUUAUUCAAUAAAUGGUACACUAAUUAAGGACUA